AUGGAUAUUCAAUUAGCUAUGCAAUAUAUCAAUAAUUGUAAAGUAGCUCUUGAUGCUCUUAGAAAUAAUUUUGACAGUUUGUUACUUGAAGAUCAGAAAAUUGCAGCUAGCUGUGAAAUUGAUACUAAGCUACCUCAACCUCUAAUGAGAAAGCACAAAAAACAAUCUCUCUAUGAAUCAGCUGAACAAGCACAGUUUACACCAAUGGAAACUUUACGAAUUAACUUUUUUAAUCAGACAAUAGAAACUGUUGAUAAAGAAGGGUUAAGGACUAGUUGUGAAGAAUUGAAAACAAAACUGUAUAGAAACGGGAGAAGUGAAAUUGACAGUCAUAAACUUUUUACGGAAAUUUUGAAUAUUAUCAACUUACUACCAGUUGAUGUGACAUCACCAUUUGAAGUGCUUCAAUAUGUUAUCAAGAAAAAUAUGACAGAGCUAUACUCUUACUUUUGUAUAGCACUUCGAAUUCUACUGACAAUUCCAAUCACUGUUGCUACAGGGAAGAGAUCUUUCUUCAAGUUGAAAUUGAUUGAGUCAUAUUUGACGACCACCAUGUUACAAAAGCAACUCAAUAGGCUAGCAUUACUGAGCAUUGAGCAUGAGAUAAGUACUAGUCUAAAGAAUGAGGAAAUAAUAAGAGAGUUUGCAAUGAUUAAGACCAGAAAGAUGUCAAGAUGUCAAGUUGUAAAAGUUUUUCUUGAAAUACAGUUAACUGAAGGUGCUUUGAAAUCAUUUCCUACAUUGUAA